GUACCACUCGGUAAACUAGAUACCGCUUGGUACCCUGUAUCUGUGCAGACGGUUCUCACCGCUUCGACGCCUCCAACCCAACCCCGGCUUCACUUACCGCCACUGACCUAUCGCCUCCCUUCCAUUUCUUCGCGGAACCCUAACCCUAACUCCUCGAGAAUUUAUAGAUCAACAUUACUUUCACCAUCAGAGAUGACUGAGGUCGGCACCCGAGGCACCUCGCCAGAGCUCCCGGCGACGGGACAACAGGUUGUCAAGGUCAUCGGCAACCUAUGUUUCUCCAUCUUUGUCGUCUCCGUCCUCGUCUUCUCUGUCAUUGCCGCCACCUACCAACCCCCCGACCCAUGGUUCCAAACCUCCAAGGCCAUUACCAAAUCCCUCUCCGCCACUCUUCCAAACUCCACCUUCGCAACCGACGAUUCUCUUCUGCCCACCGGUGAAGAUCUCGUCGCCUCCCCCCCUUCUGCCGCCAACGCCGGUGCAGCUCUCAUUUACAACAACUCCUUCCCCACCUCCUCGGCCUGUGAUCCAAACGCCCCGCUCAACUGUUCCAACCCCGCCGUCCUGGCCGCGAUCCAGCGCUUCAACUCCAAGAUCUUCCGCAAAUCCAUUAUCUUCAUUUCGUACGACACCCCCGUCAAUGGAUCCAAUCCCGACGAAUGCGACGCCGCCUGGCGCUUCCGCAACCGUUUGGAGAAGUCCUGGCGACGCUACCGCGACUACCGCCGCUUCCGCCUUGCACCUGCUGAGAAUUGCACUUUCGAGGUCGUUCGCGCCGGUAAGUUCCGCUCCGGUACCAACGCCGCCCGCCGUCCCCGUCGCGCCACCUCCCCACCGGCCGUCCAGAUCCCGGAUCUGGACAUCAACGACACGAUCCCCACAGUUGGAUCUGAAUCAGAGUUCCGCAAGGGACGGUAUCUAUACUACACCCGUGGCGGUGAUUACUGCAAGAGUAUGAAUCAUUACUUAUGGAGCUUCCUCUGCGGCCUCGGAGAAGCCAAAUUCCUCAACCGGACUUUCGUCAUGGACCUCAGCGUAUGCCUUGCCGGGAGCUAUACUUCUACAGGAGAGAAUGAAGAUGGUAAGGAUUUCAGGUUUUACUUUGAUUUCGAGCAUCUAAAGGAAUCAGCUUCGGUUGUUGAGGAGGGCGAUUUCCUUCGGGACUGGAGGAAAUGGGAUCGCUCCUCUGGUAAAGGCCAGAAGAGCAAUGGCCGGAUUAGUGUUAGAAAAGUGCCUACCUACAAGCUUACCCCAAUGCAACUCAAGAAGGAUAAGAGCACCAUAGUUUGGAGACAAUUUGAAGGACCUGAGCCUGAGAAUUACUGGUACAGGGUCUGUGAAGGCCGGGCGUCAAAGUACAUCCAGCGUCCCUGGCAUGCCAUUUGGAAGUCUAAGCGCCUGAUGAACAUUGUCUCGGAGAUCGCCGGAAAGAUGGAUUGGGAUUAUGAUGCUCUUCAUGUUGUAAGAGGAGAGAAGGCUAGAAACAAGGAGCUUUGGCCUAAUUUGGACGGCGACACUUCCCCGGAAUCUCUAGUGGAGAAGGUUACCAAGCUGGUGAGGUCUUGGAGAAAUCUUUACAUUGCCACAAAUGAGCCUUUUUACAAUUACUUUGAUAAGCUGAGGUCUUACUAUAAUGUACAUUUGCUUGAGGACUAUAAUGAGAUGUGGAGUAAUAAGAGUGAGUGGUAUAAUGAGACAAUGAUUCUCAAUGGUGGGCGACCUGUCCAAUUUGAUGGUUAUAUGAGGGUGGCAGUUGACACAGAGGUUCUGUACAGGGCGAAGUUGCGAGUUGAAACAUUCAAUAACCUAACCAGGGAUUGCAAGGAUGGAAUCAAUACAUGCUGAAUUAUGGAAGUGGAACUAUGGAAGAACUCUUCAAACUCGAUGUGAUGAGUGAAUUACACUUCUGCUGGUAAAGUUCAUUCUGUAUUUUAUUGUGCUUGAUUCUUGUUGUUUCAUCUCGUAUUGUUGUGAUAUAUUCCCUCUACCUAGAGAUCUGGUGUAUGAUUCUCUUAUUUUGCAUUUAUAUUUUAUAUUCUUAUUCCUUGCAGCAAAAGGAUCAUAAGUCAUUCUUAUUGUACAUUGUUAUGGGUGCUUAUGUCCAUACUACAACAACAUUAAGCCUUUAUACCACUACGUGGCGUUGGCUACAUGAAUCUUUUUUUCCA